AAGAACAGAUCGCUGCAUGGGCAACGCUGAUUUCUGCUGAGAGGGUUUGGUUCGGGAGUUCAGGAAUUGUUGUAAAAAGUGUGAAAUUUUUAACUUUUUUGAACUGUUUUGUGCGCGAUAAGAGUAAACUCCCGUCGUUGUUCUCGUUAGAAAAGUCGCGAGGCGUUUUGCGUUGCCGAAUUUCACCUUGAUACACCUAGUUUUGGAGGACAAAGUUUAGUGAGAAAAAUCACAAAGUUUCUUCAAAAAAGACCAAAAACAACGCAGAAACGGAGUUAAUCUUGCGAAAUAAAGUUAAACGGGCUUAAUUGGAUGGUGUUGCGGUGCAGUUAAAGUCCAUGAAAACAGAUCUGCAGGAAGCGGUUGACCAGGAAGAGAAAUAUGUUGCCUCGCGGCUGUAGCGGCCGUAGCACAAAGUUCCGCAGCACACCUUAGGGUGGGAAAAGAAAUCGUAAUUGAGACACGGUUCGAAUCAGAGAGGAAACACCGAAGCACCGAAAGCAACUGGAGACCGUAGAGGUCAUCGGUGUUGGUCGUCGUUGAUACGUGUGUAAAAUGUCCGGUAAAAACCCCGACACUGAGCAGCAGAUAGACAGCAAAACGCAGGAGCAGACAGCGGGAUCACACCAGAGCGAGCAGGAAGUGCGAGGCACGCCACCGAACGAAGUGUGCCGUAAUCCUGUCGCCACGGAAACUAACUCCACGACAACCGAUUCGGCAGCCAACAGCGCAGAUCUCACCAGCGUCAGCCUGGCGAAGGAGCCUCAGGGAACACAGGAACGCUCCGAAGCAACAGCUGACCAAGCUUCAAUUUCCGGUGCCGCUGAAUCAGCCUCCGUCGCGGUCGCCCCUACAGCGACGUCUUCGGUUGAACGGCAGACCUCUAUUGGGUCCAUCGAAAGCGGAACGAUGCCUAGUGUUGCUGAUGGCGGCGGUAGCACGGGAGGAGGAGGUGGAGGAAGCGGAUUCCGAAACUCGUUGAAUAAUGGACGUGUGUCGUUUUCAAGGUUCAUCUCGGUGGAUCGCGCACGACCGAGCAAUAAUGACAUGUUUAGUGAAAUUCUGACGCUCAUGCAACAGGCCAGACAUCCGGGAUCCUUCUUUUCGUCGGAACGUAGAGGCAUCUUCCUGCCAUCCUCGGGCUCGGGACGAUCGCAUACACCCGGAACGAGCACACCACCAUCGGCCGCCGGUCACUCUUCCAGUGAAGUAGUGAUCGAUGUUGAUGGCGGUAGUGCUGUCGGAGGCACCUCCCUCCGGUCGUCUCAGAAUGACCUGUACCCAAUGUCGACAUCGACUUCGUCCGCUAGUGCGGGUCUGCGACCUUUCCUGUGGAUGCAACCAACGGAGGACGGUGGUCAAACGUCGGGUACCGCGAACGGUGGCGGUCGUUCGCCACUGAUGCCUAAUUUCAAUUACAACCACCACCAUCAUCAUCAUUUCCACAAUCAUCAACCGUUGUCAAUGCAUCAAAAUGCCCAAUCAUCGGCCGCCGGUGUGACGAUAGCUGGACAGUCACCUUCAUCUACCGUUGGUGAUAUUGGCAUUCCAUCGGCGGGCACCGGUGAACCACAACAAUCGCAAGGCGUUGGAGGCGGUGGUAUUGGCACUCCCACCGGUUCGACCAUGCCUACGGGAGGUGCAGGAGCUACUCGCAGCAAUAGCUUGAGUUCCAAUCACCCGAAUGAUGAAGCAACCGUACACGAAGCUCUACAUCAAAUUCCGGAAGCUCGCGCCAUGAUGGACACUCUGGCCCGAUACACACCUUUACUGCUGAUCCUGGUGGCCAAACUGUGCUACGAUCAUCUGGAUGGUAUUAUCUAUUUCUUCAUGCUGUUGAUCACGUUCUAUCACGCCAACUGGGUGGUACGGCAGGAAAUUUCAAAGCAAAAGCAACGCCGUCUUAUCGUGUUGCUGCGCGAAUUGGCACUGAUCGUGCUCGGUUUGAUGGUAUUUGGGUUCGUUUUCGAGUUCAGCAACAUCUGGUUGGUGGUGCUGUUUAUGCCCGUCUCGCCGCAACCUCAAUCGCUCAAGUCACUGCUGUAUUCCGUCUGCAUUACCGACCUAAUUCUGAAGCAGAUAACGAUCGUGAUUAAAAUCAUCUUCACGCUUCUUCCACCCACCGUGGUAGAUUACAAGAGCCGGGGUAAAAUCUAUCUCAUGAUAGAAUCGUUAUCGCAGUUGUAUCGUGCAGCCGCUCCCAUACAGCCAUGGUUGGUGUUUCUGUUUGAAUCGUACUCAGGCUCGGAGAAGAUGGUUGGCGUUAUCUUAUCAGCCGUGUACAUUGUUGCAAAAUCUACGGAUCUGCUGGACAGGAUCAAGUUCUGUCGUCGAUCGUUCAUCAAGUUACUCCAAAAAACGAGCUAUGGAACGGUACCGACAAAGGAACAGCUGCAAGCGUGCGGUGGUCAAUGCUCGAUUUGUCACGAUAACUUCAACUCGCCCGUACUGUUGGAAUGCAAUCACAUCUUCUGUGAGCUGUGUGUAGGCACAUGGUUUGAUCGGGAACAAACGUGUCCGCUGUGUCGUGCAAAGAUCGUCGACGAUCCAUCGUACCGCGACGGAGCGACCACCUUCUUCCUGCAACUAUACUAAAAUAUUUGUUGGCUAUAAGAGUGAUGGCUGCAAAAGAGAUAACGUAUCUGUUUAAGCAAAAUAUAUCUUGAAUAUGUAUCCCGAACGGAAAGUUGCUGGAAUUAGGAACCAUCGCAACUUUGAAAUCAAACGUUCAACCACAUAAAAAUGCCAAUCCUACCGUCUCUACCUUGAUGUGCAUUUUACAGUGGUACAAUCGGUAAAGUAAAUACCAUCUUUCCGGAGGAUAGUGAUAACCGUGAGGAACCAUGAUUGUGUGAGUGUGUGUGUGGAGGUAAUGACUCGUUUUUUUGUCGCCGUACAAACGUACGUGUAGAAAACGCAAGGGAAGGAACACUUUUUUAUAUACACAAAAAAAUUAAAUAUAAAUAAAUCACCGGUAUAGAAACGUAAGAAAACACUUCUGGAAUGAGAUAAGUGAAUUGUGCCGCAACCCGGCACAAGUGUAUUGCAAAUAGCACCGUAGGGGAAGUGGAUAAUACAAUAUUGUUGCAUUAUUUCAUGAUGUUAGUGGCGUAGUUGAUGCCGUUGUAUGAAACUAACAAAACAUUGUAAAAUAGAGGUAUGUAUUUGCAAUCAAUAAAACAAAGUCCAUAUCCUGUUGCAUGGAUUUGUUACACGUUACACUGGUUACAGUUACUGAACACAGCCACCGGAUGCUACUCCCGGUGCACCGGGUCGCCAAGCAUUUGCUGACUGGAGCCAUUCA